AUGGAAUCCAAACAACCGGGCCCCCGAUCACCGCUGCUAGCGUCGCCGGACGGAUCUUCCUGCAAGGCGGAGAAGCUAUGCAUAGACGAUAUGUUGAAAAAAUAUUGCGGAGAGUUCGGUUUCUGGCAGCUAAGGCACUUCGUGUUAACCAGCUUAGCAUGGGCGCUCGAGGGUUUCCACACCAUGGUCAUGAUUUUUGCCGAUCGGGAGCCGGCAUGGAGGUGCUCCGGCGGUGGUUGCUCCACUGAGGCGAAGAGCGUUUGCCAUGUUGAGCCUGGUUCGUGGGAUUGGAUUGGUGGUUCCGGAAGCUCCACGGUGGCGGAAUUUGGGUUGAUUUGUGGAGAGAAAUACAAGGUCGGAUUGGUUCAGGCGUUGUUUUUCGGUGGCUGCAUGAUUGGUGCUGGAGUAUUUGGCCAUCUUUCAGACUCUAGUUUGGGAAGAAAAGGUUCUCUGUUGGUGGUUUGUAUCUUGAAUGCCAUAUUUGGUUCUCUCACAGCACUCUCUCCAAACUAUUGGACCUAUGCACUAUUUCGUCUUCUAACUGGUUUCAGCACUGGUGGAGUCGGCCUCUGUGCAUUUGUACUAGCCACAGAGCCCGUUGGCCCUUCAAAACGUGGUAUUGCUGGCAUGUCGACUUUCUAUUUCUUCUCAGGCGGAAUAGCCCUUCUCUCUGGUAUAGCUUACGUAUUUCAGACAUGGAGAGCCCUCUAUAUUGCAUCCUCCAUUCCAUCCAUUCUUUUCCUCGUAAUCGUGCUUCCAUUUGUGUCUGAAUCCCCUAGAUGGUGCCUUAUUAGAGGGAAGACUGGCCGUGCCAUGAAAAUUAUGCACGAAAUUGCUUCAUCAAAUGGAAAACACCUUCCGGAUGGCGUCCUUCUUGCCCUCGAUGAUGAAGCAAAUGAAGUUACAGAUAAGAUUGAAAGCAAUCAAAAAACAGCAUUCGAGUCGAAAGAAGUCACAACCGGAUCCCUCAUAGACGUACUCCGAUCACCACUCAUGCGUAUCCGUUUGUUUCUAGCAGUGGCCAUUAACUUCUUGUGUUCUGUUGUGUACUAUGGCCUUAGUUUAAAUGUUGUCAACCUAAAUACUAACCUUUACCUCAAUGUCCUCCUCAAUGCAGUAGCAGAAAUGCCUGCUUUUCUGUUAACUGCACUCUUACUAGACAAGUUUGGAAGGAAGCCAUUAGCCAUUGGGACUCUAUGGUUCAGCGGAAUUUUUUGCAUCAUCGGGAGUUUGCUAAAAUACCAAUACGGACUAUGGAACGUGGCCCGAAUGGUGUGUGGUAUUUUGGGGAUAUUUGGCAUGGCCGGAACAUAUAAUUUGCUGUUUAUUUACAUGGUUGAGCUUUUCCCGACCGUGGUUAGAAAUGCAGCACUAGGAUGUGGUACUCAGGCAGCACAAAUGGGAGCAAUAUUGGCGCCAUUUGUUGUGGUUUUGGGUGGAGGAAUUCCCUUUGUGGUGUUUGGGGUAUGUGGGAUAGCUGGGGGACUUCUGGCCUUCUAUCUACCCGAGACUUUAAAUAGGCCUUUAUAUGACACAAUGGGAGGAAUGGAGGAUGGAGAAGGUGCACACGCUAUAGUUUAA